CUUGGAAAGGUAGCAAAUAAACAUGAUUCCCAAAAUGUAGUCCUUUGACAUACAUUAAAACACAUACAAAAAUAAUUCCUUUCAAGAACUGAUGAGCUCCAGUUGUGUGUAGUGUUCCCUUCUUCCCUGUUAUUUUUCCUUGCGUCAUCUCAUCUGUUAACUGGAGCCAUUGUUCACCUCUUUGCUUCCCCUCCUGCUGUGUCUCUAGGCGUUUGCAUGGUGGACAGACCUCAUGGUGGAGCAUGCAGAAAACUUCCUGGCCCUCUAUGCCAUUGAGAUGGAUGCCGCUCUGGAGAUCCAGUCCCCUGAGAGCUGGGACAGCUUCCCCCUCUUCCAACUGCUCAACGACUUCCUCCGGAAUGAUUAUCAUCUGUGCAAUGGAAAGUUCCACAAACACCUCCAGGAUCUGUAUGCUCCUCUGGUGGUUAGAUAUGUGGAUCUGAUGGAGUCCUCCAUUGCACAGUCAAUUCACAAGGGAUUUGACCGAGAGUCCUGGGAGCCUGUUAAGAGUUUAACAAGUAAUCUGCCCAAUGUGAAUCUACCAAAUGUGAACCUCCAAAUUCCCAAAGUACCAAAUCUGCCAGUGCCAGUAGCAGGACUAUCAGUUAACCUUCCACAAAUGCCUAGCUUUUCUACCCCGUCAUGGAUGGCUGCUAUAUAUGACUCUGAUAAUGGCUCCGGGACGUCGGAGGAUCUCUUCUGGAAGCUGGAUGCCCUGCAGACCUUCAUCAGGGACCUGCACUGGCCUGAGGAUGAGUUUGCCAAACACCUCGAGAGUCGCAUCCAGCUGAUGUCGAGCAACAUGAUCGAGAACUGCGUCAAGCGCACUAAGAUGGCAUUUGAGUCCAAGCUGACAAAGAGCAGCAAGUCCACAGAUUUCCGCAUUUCUCCAACAUUAUGCACCAUGUUCAACGUGAUGGUGGAUGCCAAGGACCAAUCAGCUAAAUUGUGUGCAAUGGAGAUGGGCCAAGAGAAACAGUACCACACCACAAUAGACGAGCUGAUUGAGGAAAGUGUGAAAGACAUGAUCCUGUUUCUGGUUGCAAAGUUUGUUGCCAUUCUGGAGGGCGUGUUGGCCAAGAUUUCCAGAUACGAUGAAGGCACUCUCUUCUCUUCAUUCCUCUCAUUCACGGUGAAAGCUGCCUCUAAAUAUGUGGAUGUACCUAAGCCUGGAAUGGACGUGGCCGACGGCUACGUGACCUUUGUGCGCCAUUCUCAGGAUAUGCUCCGUGAUAAGGUCAAUGAGGAGGUGUAUAUAGAAAGGUUAUUUGAUCAAUGGUACACUGCCACCAUGAACCUGCUGGGGACCUGGCUCACUGAACGCAUGGAGCAGCAGCUCCACGUCUACCAGCUGAAAAUUCUCAUCAGGAUCACAAAGAAAAAGUACCGGGACUUCCGCCUGCAGGGGGUCCUCGACUCCACCCUGAACAGUAAGAUGUACGACACGGUGCGCAACAGGCUGACGCUGGAGGAGGCCACGGCUUCAGUGAGGGAAGGAGGCAUGCAGGGCAUCUCCAUGAAGGACAGCGAUGAGGAGGACGAAGACGAUGACUAGAGCCUGUGCACUGACACUACCGCCAUCUCCCCUGAGCCCCCUCACCCCGACCCUCUUUCACACUUUUGACUUUAGCCUGGUUACCGAUGCAUGUACCAACUCAGAUAGCCACUCUAGGACCUCUUUGUCAGCUCGAAAUGCCUAUGAAGGAACUAUUAACUAUAAAAAAAAUAGUACUUAUAAUGAGGAAAAAUAAAAGAAAAAUGUUAAAAAAAAAUAACCAUGAUUGGCAGUUUAGCUGUGUCAUGAUAAAGAUAGCACCUAUCUUUGAUUCAUUCGUUUCAAAAUUCAUUUCUAUGUGUUACUAAGCAAUAUGGAGAACCAUUUGUUUGACGAUGUUGAGUGAGAUUAUUAGGUGUGUCCCUGUCCAAUGCAAACCUAUAUGGCGCUUCUUUGUCGUAUUCUACAUUCAUUAAUGGUACAUUGUCGUGAUGAGUGUGUGGAGCCUUUUAUUUGUCUUGUCUGUUUUUAAGUGAAUGCCAACUGCUUCAAACUGAAAAAUAAACCUCUGUAUUUGUUUACGGCUGUUACAGAUACAUUGUUGUCUACUCACUGUUAUUAAUAUCAACAGUUUAUCUAGACCUGCAUUUCUAUCAUGUGUCAAUGCUCUGUGAUCUUAUCUCAAUUACUAAUUAGACACGAUUCAACAGGAAUCAUGAACUUCAACGAGUGGGUAUUCUAGAGAUGCAAUAUUCUCAUAGCUCCAUUUUGAUAACUUGGGAGAUUCUAUUUUUAUUUCAACAUUAAAAGGCCUUGAAACAGGUUCUAUUUUAAUUGAGUUGCACUUUUACAGAGAAAAGAGCAGAAAUAUUUUUUUUUAUUAAAAAAGAAAAGUUGGUCCGUCUUUGUUCUGUAAUUGUGUAGAAUGAGAUGUCUGGCAUUUGUUUGGGUCUCACUGUUGUUUUGUAUAUAUUAUAUAAAUAUAUAUAUAAAUAUAAGAUGCUGUACAUUGCAUUCUGAGCCAUCGCUGCAUGCCUGUGGGUUCCCACCCUCCCCAAACGCUUUCUGUUUUCUGUGUGAAUUAGCUGGUGGAUUCAUUCUUGCUUUUGCCUUAUGAAAGCCAACAGUUGUAAUAUGCAAGAGCUGUGGCUUCUAAAUAAAAAUUACUGUACAUGUG